AUGGAGAAACACCCGCUUGAUGCUUCAAAGCCUUCAGAGCUCGAUGAUGUUUCUACUCACUACGAUCCCGAAGAUGCCAUUGCUCUAUCCUGCCCGCCUGUCCAAUGGUGGCGCCACAAUGGCUUGCGACGACUGUAUCUGAUGCUUCCGUUCUUAUUCCUUGGAGCCACAACCAACGGCUUCGACGGAAGUCUGCUCAAUGGGUUGCAGACGAUGGUACCAUGGCGGGACUACUUCAACAAUCCCACCGGCGGUAAUUUGGGUCUUUUCAAUGCCAUCCAGAACAUCGGCGGAGUCUGUGCCCUUCCCUUCAGCAGCUACCUGUCCGAUCUCUUUGGCCGUCGGUGGGCCGUCACCAUCGGAAUCAUUGUGGUCCUCGUGGGCACAAUCUUGCAAGUCGUGCCUGCUACCAACCACGAAGGCAUGUUCAUCGGCGGUCGUUUCAUGGUCGGUCUAGGCGCAAAUCUCGUCCAGGGCUCCGCACCGGUCUUGAUCAUGGAGCUGGCCUACCCACAACACCGAGGAAAGCUAACGACAAUGUACAAUGUGCUCUGGUACCUGGGCUCGAUCGUCGCUGCGUGGACCGUCUUUGGGACUGUAGGCUACCAAACGAACGCAGCAUGGCGUAUUCCUGUCGGAGUCCAAGCUGUGAUGCCAGUCUUUCAACUGGCGGGCCUAUGGUUCAUACCCGAAAGUCCUCGCUGGUUGUGCUCCAAAGAUCGAGGGGACGAAGCACGAGCUAUUCUUGUCAAGUAUCACGCGAACGGAGACGACACAAAUGCCUUUGUCCAGCUCGAGUUUGAAGAGAUUCAAACGACGAUUCAGCUUGAGAAACGUAAUGCCAAACAGGGCUGGCUAGUCUUUCUCAAGACACCGGGAAACAGAAAGCGGCUCCUGCUCAUAGCAUUGGUGUCGUUCUUCUCGCAGUGCUCCGGCAACGGGCUAGUUUCGUACUAUCUCCACAGCAUACUCGAUAGUAUCGGUAUCACUGGCUCGCGCAACCAGAGUUUGAUCAAUGGUGGACUGCAGAUCUGGUCCUUCCUUGUCGCUCUCGGCUUCGCUUUCAUGGUCGACAGAAUGGGUCGAAGAAAGCUGUUCUUGAUCGCAGGAGUCGGAAUGCUAAUCGCUUUUUCAGUAUGGACUGCUUGUUCCGCCGUCUAUGCGCAGACCGGAAACUCGAGUGCCGGCAGUGCAGUCAUCGCCAUGAUCUUCCUCUUCUACGGCGUAGCAGGUUUUGCCUGGCCUGGUCUGACGAUAGCCUACUGCGCUGAGAUUUUACCGUUCAACAUCAGAGCCAAGGGCAUGGCCAUCAAUUUCACAUUGAUCUCUCUCUCUUCGGUCUUCAAUCAAUAUGUGAAUCCCAUCGGGCUGGAACAGCUGCAUUGGAGGUUCUACUUUGUCUACAUCGCCAUCCUCGUCAUCGAAUGUUUGUGUAUCUACUUCUUGUUUGUGGAAACUCGCGGACCAACGUUGGAGGAGAUCGCAGUCCUUUUUGACGGCAAGGCUGCACAUGUGCGGAGCAACGAAGAGUAUGUGGGGCAAGCUGCGACGGACGAGAAGAGCCGAACGAUGUUCGUCGAGGAGAACAGCUGA